AUGAAUAAUCUGCCGGAGAAAGACAGAGAUCGGAAAAUGUUGGUCGGUAUUGUAUGGAACUGUGCGGCUGAGGCCAAGCUCCUCCUCACUGCACUCCUCUUCUUAUGCUCUCUCGCCACCGUCUUCCUGUUUCUCUCCUCACGCUUCUCCGUCUUCCCCUCCGACCUUCGCCACUACCUUGCCGGUACUCCCACUGGUAAUAUCACAACAUCUUCAUCGGUGCUACCAGAUCUACCAUCCGUUGUUCAACUUCUGCAGCAACAGCAAAAACAAGAAGACCAGUUGUUGGAAAAUGGUAUCAUCAAGCGGGCUUUCAAUUCCUAUGGCUCAGUUGCGUACAAUUUCGUUCUGAUGUCGGCUUACAGAGGUGGCGCCAACACUUUCGCGGCCGUUGGGUUAUCUUCAAAGCCUCUACACGUCUUCGGCAAGCCGAGCUACCAAUGCCAGUGGAUCCCACACGAGGAUACUGAUUCCACUGUCACCACCGCUGGCCAGAAGAUCCUUCCUGACUGGGGCUUCGGCCGCGUCUACACAAUCGUCAUUGUGAACUGCACUUUCCCGACCCCAACUGGCGGUAAGGGUGGCAAGCUGCUCAUCCACGCAACCACCAACGGCGGAGGUGACACUAGCUUCAACAUUACCGACUCUAUUGUGGUCCUAAAAGAAACCCCCGAAGAAAUUGCGAGUUUCACCUUGCAAUGCAACUCACAGCCUAAGUACAGAUUUGCAGCCAAAUGGAUGCUGUUCUUUGAUUUGGAUGAAUUCAUUUUCAUGCCUAAGAAGAGCACCAUUCAGUCGGUAUUCGAUUCGCUCUCUGAUUUUACGCAAUUCAACAUUGAGCAAAUGCCCAUGUCCAACAAGCUCUGCCUCUCCCAGGAUGCCCGUUCAGCUUUCAGAAAAUGGGGAUUCGAGAAGUUGGUAUACGAGGACGUAAAGAGAGGCAAGACGACAUAUAAGACAGAGGGAUGUAUAACGUACUUCCACUAUCACGGAACCAUUGCUGAACGGCGCGAACCAUGCCGGCAACUCGUGAAUUCGACACAAGUCACGGUCGAUGGGAUUCCAUACGUUCUGGACACAACCAUGCGCGAUAUUGCCGGAAUUGUGAAGAGAUUCGAACUCAAAAUGAUUGGCUCUAGAUUACAGAAAACGCGGCAAUAA